AAGACAAAGAACUCAGACGAAAAGCAGAAGGCUAGAGAGAAGCAGUAUCUGUCAGACCCACGCACCAGACCCAUCCAGGUCUUCAGAGGCCCUCUCCGACAGAGAGACCAGUCUUCCCAAAAAAGGGACAAAGACCCACAUCCUUCUUAUCUAAUCACCUUCCUAUUCACCCCUCUCUGGGCAGAAUGGACCGGAGUGUGCAGGAGCUUUUUCUGAACUUCAUGCUAGUCUUAGUCACUUUGCUGCUCAUGUGGCUACUAGCCAAGACCUACCAGGAUGCCUGAACCACCAGGGAGAAAAUUACAGUAUUGAGGAAUGGGGUGAAUUAGGUGUUUUGUUACAGUCCAGCGACUGCUGAUGUAAAGGAUCAUUGUAACUUACAGGUUCAAAUCCGGGCUGAGACACAAGACUCUGAUGCAGAGUGACCCAGCAACUGGUUUUAGCUGGAGGGCCACAUCUAGAUUUAAAAUUUCAACGGAAGGCAGCUCAGAUGUCAAAUAAAAUUUUCAGGCCAGAAAAAGGGUAGUUAUUUGGAAAUAUAUAGGUUCAUUUACAUUUGGACCUGUAGUGUAUUUAUGG